CAAUAAACUUGCAACUUUUCUGUUUGAAAGGGUAUUUGCGCAUACGUUUCUCUUGCGAAUAAAUUCAAGAAUCGAGCCUCUGAGCCACUUCAGCUAUAGCACGGCUCAUUGUGUCAAGCAUUGGCUGCCGGUUUGAGCGGCUUAGCGCUGCUUUCGGUGCGCUCUUAUUUGUUCAAUUUAAAAAAUUAUUAUUUUGGCUAUUAUUGGAGAUAUCCAAAAACUAUAGUAGAUUUUUAUGUUCACCUUAAUCUCGUCUAUCUUUCUAUUAAGUAUUGCAUACAUUAUACGAGACACCGUGUAUAUAGGGCGUUUUCUGUAAAUGGAGAUCUCUCUCUGCCCAGAAUAUACUUCAAUAUUAAAAAAGCAGCAAGUGCGCAAAUUAUAGCUAAAAACGUCUAUUUUUAAAUGCCGUUUGGUAUUUUUUGAAAAAUUUAGUACAAGAUACCAAUAUGGUGUCAAAUUGAGACUAUUUUCCCUCAUUUAUGAACAGAAUAUUUGAACAAAAUAUCAAGACACAAUAUAUAGACUUUAAAAUGCGUUUUCAGAGUAGCUGAAAAUUUCUAGAUACUCAUUUUAGUUAAAAUAUUAUUUUUUGAUACUUCGAUCGAAUAUUCUGCGUGUAACUCACUGAUUUUAGUUAUAAUUUGUUCGAAACUGAUGAACAAUUAUUGCAAACGUAUAAUAUUACAAAUUUAAAAAUCAGAAAUUUUCGAGCUAACUACAAAGGGUUUCAAAAUAUAGAUUAUAAUAUAGCUGAACAAUCUAAUAGUAAUGUGUCUACAACUGGUAAUCAACAAUCAUUUGUAUUAAAAAAAUACACAAAAAGAAAAUGUAACAAACAAUAUGGCUGGACUAUCUAAUAAUAAUUUGUCCGGAACUGAUGAACAAUUAUUGCAAACAUAUAAUAUUACAAAUUUAAAAAUUAGAAAUUUUCGAGCUAACUACAAAGGGUUUUAAAAUACAGAUUAUCAUAAUUUAAGUCAACAUUAUGUAGAAAAAAUGGAAGUCGAGUGUCAAUAUUGUAGAGGGAAACAUUUUCAUGCUGAAAAAGUUCACAAUAAAGAUAACUCAUUCAAAGAUAGUUGUAAUCAUGGAAAAGUUAUAUUGGAACCUUUACCAACAUUUUUUAAUGAACUACAACAAUUAUUUUUGGGAAAUCAUAAAAAAUCUAAUGAGUUUUUUUAAAAACCUAAGAAGUUACAAUGGUGCAUUUUCUUUUGCAUCUCUUAAUGCUAAUUUGGUUAAUUUUAAUGCAUAAAAACGAGGACCUUAUUGUUUCAAAAUUCAAGGUUAAAUUUAUUACCAAAUUAAUACUGCAUUAUAUCCUGCUAUAAAUGAGCAAUCAAGUUAUGGACAGCUUUUUAUUCUUGACGCUAACGAAGCUACAGAAUGCCGUUUAAAUGUAAAUACAAAUCUUCAUGAAGAGUUAUUGCGUACAUUAGAUGACAUUAUUCGUAAUAAUAAUAUAUUUGCUCAAUCAUAUCAAAUGAUGCACGAAGAAAUACUUAAUCAAAAAAGUUUAGGUUUAAAUAUACCUAAUUUAAAAAUAGGAUUUUUAAAUAAAAAAACAGGCAUUGAUCGUGGAAGAUAUAAUGUUCAAAAAAUUAAUAAAGUUGCUGCAAUAUUUUCAACUACUGCAGAUGGAAAUAUUCCUGAUUGUUAUGUUACAAUUAGAAACAAAUGUGAUAAAACUUUAAAAUACGUUAGUAUGGAUCCAAACGUUGAACCUUGGAUUUAUCCAAUGUAUUAUCCAUAUGGUACACAAGGUUGGCAUGAUAAUAUUAAACAAAUCGGAUGGAAAACGUGUAACUAGAUCCAUGUAUGUUCAAUACCGAAUGGCUGUAUGUAAUAAUGUCAAUGUUUUUUUAAUAGGUAAACGGCUAUUUCAACAAUGGCUUGUUGAUAGCUAUGUAAAAAUAGAAAAAGAUAGAAUUAAUUGGUGUAAAGUAAAUCAAAAACAUUUGAGAGUGGAAAAGCACCAAGGACUGAUUGACUAUUUAGAAAAAAAGUGGCUGAUACUAAUGUUUAUAUUGGACGUGUAAUAAUACUUCCUUCUACAUUUAUUGGUUCAUCUAGAAAUAUGAUGCAAAAUUAUCAAGAUGCGAUGACUAUUGUUCGCAAAUAUGAAACGCAGUUUGCCGCACAUACAUAUGUUAAUAACUAUGAAACAAAAUUGCAAAAUUACUAAUUUGGAAACUGUUGAUAAAUAUAUUUCUGCUGAAAUUCCCGAUCCUGCUAUUGAUAAAAAUUUACAUGAAAUUGUCAUGAAGAAUAUGAUUCAUGGACCAUAUGGUGAUUGGUGUAUGAUAAAUGGAAAAUGUUCAAAACAUUUUCCAAAAUCCUUUCACGAAGAAACAACUAUGGAUGAAAAUGGUUAUCCACAAUAUCGUCGAAGAGACACUGGCAUUUUGUAUGAGAAACCCGAAGAAUUUGUAGUAGAUAAUCGGUUUGUUCCUUAUUGUCCCAUAUUAUCACAAAUUUUUAAUUGUCAUAUUAAUGUUGAAGUUGUUUCAAGUAUUAAGUCAAUAAAGUAUUUAUACAAAUAUAUUUACAAAGGUCACGAUGCAGCAUCUGUAGUUAUAGAACAAGAUGUGAAUAAUGUAGAAAUUGUUCAUGACGAAAUCAAAGAUUUUAUUGAAGCACGCUAUGUAGGACCAGUUGAAGCUUACUGGCGUUUGUAGGUAAAACAUUACAAGAGAAGAGUCAUGCUAUUAUUCGUCUAUCUGUACAUUUGCCAAAUGAACAGAAUGUUAUUAUAUCUAAUAAUUCAAAUAAACAAGAUUUACAAUCUGCUUUAGAUCGUAUAACAAUGUUAAUGGAUUAUUUUAAAUAAAAUAAACGAAAUGUUGAUGCACGUCAGUAUGUAUAUACAGAUAUACCUUUAUAUUUUGUAUUUAAAAAGGUAACAUUUAACGGAAAACAAAUUUAUCGUUGGAAAAAACGUCAAUGUCAUUUUAACUAUAUUGGACGCAUGUACUCAGUUAGCCCAAUUGAAAUCGAAUUAUUUCAUUUACGUAUUCUUUUAUUGAAUGUUAAAGGAACAACAUGCUAUAAUGACUUAAAAACAGUCAAUGGUGAAUUACAUCAAACGUUUACUUCUUCAUGUUUAGCUUUAGGCUUAAUUGAAGAUAAUGAAGAAUGGAAAUGUGCAAUAAACGAAGCUUCUAUUUGGAUGAUGCCAAGACAACUUAGGUUACUUUUUGUUCGAAUAUUAAUACAUUGCCAACCAGGGCAUUCAAAAGAAUUGUGGGAUGAAUUUCAAGUUGCAAUGUCAGAAGAUUACAUACGACAAUUUGGACGAGUCACUGGGAUAAGAAAAGCUUAUAUUCAAAUUGGUCAAUUACUUUGCAAAGAAGAUUGGGAACUUUCACAAUUUCCAGAAAUGGAACAAAUAACGAUUGAAUAUGAAAAAGAACAUGCCAAACAAUUGAAAAAAGAAGUCUUACUUGGUGAACAACAAUACAGUCAGUUAAAUCAUGACCAAAAAAUAAUUGUUGAUUAUGUUUUAACUCUUUUAGAAAAAACUGAUGGUCAACAAUUAAAAUGUUUAUACAUUGACGGUUUAUACAUUGACGGUUUAUACAUUACCUGGAGAUUCAGGUAAAAUUUUUGUUUAUACAACAUUAUAUUAUAUUACUAUUUACUCAAGUCUCAAAACAAAGUUGUUAGUACAAUGGCUUUCACUGGUUUCGCUGCAACGUUACUACC